AGUCACUGCUCAAGUAUGUUUUAUUGAAUGAGAGUAACAUAAUGCAGGACGACAAAACACAGUCUACAUUUUCAAAAGUAAAGUCAAGAUACAACAAACAAUGUUCAUGAUAAAUAGACACAGGAGGAGGAUACACCCUCAAUAAACCCUCCCUCCAUAUUACUCAGCACAUAGUAUAUGACAAGAAAGGUUGCAAUGGAAAAUAAAAAACAAAAGGUGACAAUAAUAGGCAGUCAUUUGCACAAGGAAUGUCUACUCAGGAUCAUUUCUUAGGUAACAGAUGAGUGGCAGCCAAAUCCCAUUAAAUAAUCAUUACAUUUAAUAACAACAUUUUUUGUCACUUUUUAUUGUAGAAAAUAUAAAAUUCUAGGAAAAUUUAACUUGUUUUAUUUUUGAAAAAUCCAAAUUUCCGAGUCUAACUUUAGGCUCAGGUGGAGGAGUGUGUAUGUGUAUGAAAUAUAUAUAACAUAAUGAGGAGAAUAAGAGCUGAAAGCCAAACCACUUUCUCCUCCUCACACAUCCCUCGUGCCACUAGUCUCUACUCGGAGCUGAGAGGAAGAUCUCGUGGAUCCGGACAGGAGAGAAGCCCCUCCCCGCAGAUCAUUGCACUAGUCGAUGGUCCUUUUAACUUCAUUGUUGGAGAAGUAGCGACGCCCCGCUUCGCCACGGCAAAAAAGGAUCAAGCACCCCCCUCUGAUCAGCACGACCCCUCGCUCUGUUCUCAUGGAAAUCAGACCCUGCCUCCCGGCCACACUUUGUGCAGAGAUGCAAAGUUGAAGCGCAUUCCCAGCCGGGACCACAGACGAUAAUGAUGUCUUGGAGGAGCUGAUCGUCUCGUUUAUCUUUCAUUUGUUUCCCCUCCUGUUUGUUUCGUUUUUGCUUUGGACCGCACGCCAGCCUGUACUUUCCGAAAUGCUGGAUCUGGCUCAGCGCAUUGUUUUUUUCUGCGCGCUCCUCCGCUGCUGCUGCGCUCACGCGUCGUGUCCUCCGCGCUGCGAGUGCUCAGAGGCGGCUCACACCGUCAAGUGCGUCUCCAAAGACCUGCGGAGUAUCCCGACCGGGAUUCCUGGAUACACCAGGAAUCUGUUUAUUACCGGGAAUCAGAUCAGUCGAAUAGGUCCGGAGUCUUUCAGAGGACUGGAUAAUGUGACCAACUUGUCUCUGAGUAAUAACAGAAUUUCCGAAGUGGAAUCCCACACAUUCUCCGGACUCCGCAGCCUCCGCUCUCUGGAUAUGAGCAACAACCAACUGGCAGUCAUUCACCCUGAGGCCUUCACCGUCCAGAACCAGUCCCUGCGCGAGCUCAACCUGAGCCGAGCCCUCUACAACCACUCGUCAGUGAUGGACCUGGCCACGUCUCUCCGCUGGAGCUCCCUGGGGACCCUGCAGGGACUGGACCUGUCCGACAACAGCCUCAUCUACUUGCCAUUGCGCAUCUUCUCCCACCUGACCGGCCUGCGGCGGCUCCAGCUCUCCAACAACUCCCUGGUGGCCAUCCACAACUCCACCUUCUCGGGCCUGGAGCGCCUGGAGGAGCUCGACCUUACGCUCAACGCCCUCAAGACGUUGACCGAGGAGGGCCUGCGAGAGCUGGACUCCCUGCCCAGAGCCGAUCUCCUGCUGGGGGAGAACCCUUUCACGUGCACAUGCGGGAUCGAACCUUUUGCCCUGUGGCUCAACAGAUCACAGGAACGCAUCAGGGACACUGACGGCCUGGUGUGCGCCUUCCCAGCCAGCAUGAGAAACACGUCCAUGCUCGCUGUGGGCACGUUGACUCUGGGAUGCCACCAGAGGGAUGCGGGGGCAGACCUCGCCUUGCAGACCUCUUACGUCUUCUUGGGUGUAGUCCUGGGCUUCAUAGGUCUCAUCUUCCUCUUUGUACUUUAUCUCAACCGCAAGGGCAUCAAGAAGCGGAUCUACGACAUGCGGGACGCCUGCAGGGAGGUGUGGGAAGGCUACCACUACCGCUUCGAGAUCGACUCUGAUCCCAGGUUAUCACAGGUCUCCACGAGCGCCGACGUGUGAGAGGACAACCACUCCAGGCGUACUUUCUUAUGACUCUUUUCUAGUGCAUUUAUCAGUAGAAAAAUGUAAAAAUUGUACAGAUUUGCUUGUAAAUAUAUAAAUACAAUAGUGUUAAUGAUCUUUCAGCCUUGUUGUCUAUAGCAUGUACCGUCUAUCUCUCCUCGCUGCAGAGCUAAUAAUCCACUUCAACUCAAAAUAUCUUGGAUUUCUUUGUGCUAACAGACACAGAUCUUACCAACAGAAUUCAUAUACUUUCUCUUUAUGUUCACACAAAAGCAACAGUAAGUGCCUAAAGUCAGCUUGGAAUUGUUUACUGGCGAUCUGAGCUGAACUCGCUUUCUUUAUGGCACACUUUCACUCAGUACUGUGUGAGAUCCUGUCCUCAUAUUUAGCUUGUUAAAAAAAAAAGAAAAAAAAAAGCAACAAAACGCUGCAAUAAAAUCCUGACACUACAAAACAACAAACCUCUGGGAAUUUAAAGCACAAUCACUCAUUCAUCUUUGAACCAUUUCAAGCCCUUUGGUCUCUUCGUCCUUCAGCCCCCAGGGUGCCAGAGAGGAAUUAAGCCUCCAAAAAAGCUUUACUAAAGCUCUCCUUAAAAUCACCACUCUGCUUUUCUUUGGCCAUUGGAUUGAGAAGGGCGGGGGGGAAUUCAGCACAGACCAGUGGAAAUCUCCAAGCCCCCUCAUUUUUUUUUUUUUUCAUGAAACAUUGCUUUGUUUCAACUCCUUGAGUUUUAUUGUCAAAAUGAUGAGAACCAGUCCCGGGCUGAGGCUGCUGAAAGCAAUCUCCCUCCCUCCUUAAAGACAACAGCCGCUCUGCAGGCUCUUUGAAGAAAAAAGUCUGAAAAGUCUGGCUCUCCACGUUUUUCUGUUUAGGGGGGAUUUUUUUUUUCAUCACUGAUAAGAUACAGAUGAUUCUGAAACACCAGCUACAUUGUUUCAUUCAGCAGUUCGCUCUGACUUGUUAGGUAGUCAUCGUUAUGAAAAGGAACAAGAACAUGUUCUCAGUCUUUUGGUUUUUCUCUACCAUGUAUGCCUUUACAAUUGCAGGCCUUUUUUUAGUGGACGUUGUUUUCUAAGAUCAGUUCCUUAAAAUAACACUGAAAUCCAGAGAUGUACGUCAAAAAAACGUGUUUCUUAGUCAAAUCGUAAGCCUUACAGUUUGCAUGCAUGUUUAAAAUAUAACUUUACAGUGAGUGAAUCCCAAACAGAGAAUGAUGGGCCUUUUUUCUCAAAUGUCAUGUGUGUUGUCCCUGUUCUCCUAAAUGGUUACAUGACAAAAGCAAUUCUCUGUGGCCUCUUGAUGCUAUAAAGUGAGACAAACAGAGACAGAAGGAGGGGAUGGCAAGCCGCCAUUCCUCAAAGUGUUUAUUGCCCAAAUUGUUAGCUAUCUAGGUAUUUGGAAUGGGGAGGGGUAGAAAGGAACCCUGGGGAUAACCAAAACAGCCUUCCAUUGUUCAAAGCCAAAGUAGCAUCUUCACCCUUUCAAGAUGUUCUCCAAACUCCUCUGAUAGCGAUCCAGAAAUGUUUGUAACAUGGAGCCAUUUUACUGCAUGUGGGAUGACAAAAUAAAACUUUAGAGAGUCACGAUGUCUGUACACUCAUUUAGCACAAAUGUAAUCUUGUGUGUCAUGAAAACAGCUGAAAUGAAUGUAGUCAUAAUGUUUGGACUAAACUCAAGGUAUCAUUUCUCCAGGCUGCAGAAGCACAUUAAGUCGGGGGGCAUUUACUCGCUGAGGAGAAAACAAUUGAGGCUCGUACACUGACGCAAAGGGGCGGCUCAGAUGGCGAGACGCCUUCAAAUAAGCUUUGUUUUCCAGCACAGGAAGAUGCCUUGUGAUACUCAUUCUCUUUCUGUUUUUCACAGACGGCCAUUAUGCCCGCCACAUAAUAGGAUUCACUCAUGAUGACAAAGUUGAGCGCUCUGAUCCAGCUAUUGUUCAAGUGUCAUCAUUCUUAAUAUUCGCCUGUGGGAGGAAAUCCCAGGAGAAGUUUUCAUUUGCAAUUACACAACGUGUCACAACCGGGGGCAUUAAGCCGGCCACGGGUUAUUGGUGUCAAUUGGCGGAGCAGAAAGAAGAAAGAUUACUCCCUGCAUGUCAUUACUUCUGUUUUUCGCUCAUUAAAGUGUGGAUUAGGAGCUGUGCCUUUUCUCUUUUUUUUUUGUCUUUUUAUGACCCUGUCUAUUUGAAAAAUAUAUGGUCUGUUUGCUAUAGGCUGUGCAAUACUGUCUCAGCAGGAAUGCAAUGAAAACAGAGGAAGCCUUGCAAAUACAUCCAGACGGUCUCCAUUACUAACUGGGCAAAGGAGAGGCUUGUUAAAAACAGAAGAAUUGCUCCAAUUACUCUGUUCUUUCAAACUGUAUGUUGCACAUAUCUGAUUAAAAGAUCACGUCUUUAUUUCAAA